AUGUCAUUAUCUCUCUCUCUCUCUCUCUCUAUCUAUCUAUCUAUGUAUCUAUCAUAUCAUAUCCUAUCCUAUCACAUUCAGUUCAUUAUAUACCUAUCUAUCUUUUUAACUGAACGGAUUGAUUCAACACUUGUCUAUUCUUUUUUUUUUCCCGGAAUCCUCCCCCGACACCUCCCGAUUCAUUCUUUUGCUCUUCGUUCUCCACGGAAAAUAGCAUUUCCGCUCGAUGCCGGCUGCCCAUCGCCCGCCAUUAAAAUCCGCACAAAGCACGAGCUUCAUAUCAUUCUCAAAUCAUUCAUAUCUAUUUUGAUCGACCCUUCAAUCCGCUCCCAUAUCUACCGUAAUGAGACUCUCGUCUUGGAAGACGGAUUGAUUCAACACUUAUCUAUUCUUUUUUUUCCCGGAGAUCCUCGACACCUCCCGAUUCAUUCUUUUGCUCUUCGUUCUCCACGGAAAAUAGCAUUUCCGCUCGAUGCCGGCUGCCCAUCGCCCGCCAUUAAAAUCCGCACAAAGCACGAGCGUACGGUCGCCGAUAAUAGGCAUGGCGAAUCAGUCUUAAACACUUGUCGAUAUCUUUCUUUCUAUCUUUCUUUCGUUCUAUUUCGUUCAUUCUUUCUUUCUUUAUUUAUUUCUAUUUCCAUUUCUUUCCUUCUUUUUUUUUCAUGCCUUCCAAUUCUUUUUUCUUUUUCUUCUUCCUCUCUUUUACUCCAUUUACUUUCCGUCUACGCAUUAUCCCGAUAUUCAUUCCUUUCUUGUUUUUAUUUUUUCUUUCUUUCUUUUUACGUUUUAUCCCUGACUUUAUUGAUUUCUUUCCUUCUUUCUUUCCUUCUCUUCAUUUCUUUCUUUCUUUCUUUCUUUCCUUCUUUCUCUUUCUUUCUUUCUUUCUUUCUUUCUUUCUUUCUUUCCUUCUCUUCAUUUCUUUCUUUCCUUCUUUCUUUCUUUGUAUUAUCCCUGUCUUCAUUUCUUUUUUCUUUUUAUUUUCUUUCUUUCUUUAUUUCUUUUUCUUUCUUUCUUUCUUUUAACGUAUUAGCUCCACCUUCAUUUUUUCAUUAUUUCUUUCAUCUUUCUUUCCUUCUUUCAUAUCUUCAUUUCUUUCUUCAUUUCUUGUUUGUUUUUUUUUUUUUUUUCUUUCUUUCCUUCUUUCUUUCUACUCACCAUCGCAAUUUAAACUUAUUUUCCCUUUCUCUCCAUCUUUCGUUUCUCUUUUUUUCUCUUUCAAAUUCGCUUCUCUCUUACUUUGUCUCUCUUUCCAUUGCUUUCAAUUUUUUUUCAAGAAUUUCCAUUCGUUUCUGUUUUAGUCAUUCUCUUCUCUUCCAUUUCUGUUAUACAUCUCUCUCUCUCUACACUUCACACCCUGAAUAUCUAUCUCAUUUCAAUAUAUUAAUUCUCUCUCACUCUUACUCCAAACUUAUUUUCACCCCCUCUCUAUCUUUUCUUUGUUUUAUUUUUACUCCUUGUUCUCUCAUAUUCCCGGUCAAAACUGCAUAUUACUUAUUUUUCUUUCUCUCAGCAAUUUUUUUUCUUUUCAACCUGUCCCUAUCCUCUAUUUCUCGACUCUCUUUCUGCUCUCUUUUUCACUUCUGUCACUCUCUCUUGUCGUUUGGUCUAAAGCUUUCCUUUUCACCUUUUAUUCUUUCUUUACUAUAUUGUUACGAUCUUUUUCUCUCUCUUUUUUUUUUCCAUCUCCUUCGCUCUUUUUCUCAACUUCCAUACCCAUUAUCUGUACUCCCCUUCCCUCAUUUUGUUUUUCAUGAUACACACAAUGUACGUGCUCUAUUUCUCUCUCUCUUUCUCUCUCUCUCUUUCUCUCUCUCUUUCUCUCUCUCUCUCUCUCUCUCUCUCUCUUUCUCUCUCUCUCUCUUUCUCUCUCUCUCUCUCUCCUCGGAAAUGUUUUUGAUUUCAUCCUCUCUUUUUCCCCUUUUCCUCUUAUUUUGCUUACUGCUCAUCUUUUCUAUCACAACUCCUUUUUCUUUCUAUAUUCACCAUCACUCUCUUCGUUUUCUUUCUCUCUUUCUCUCACCCUAUCAACUGUCAUUAACGCCUAACCAUUCCCUCUUUUUCUAUCCCUUACUAUUUCAUUUCUCUACCUCUGCCUCUAUUAAAAUUUCACCAUUUUUAUAUUCCAUAUCAUUGUUCUUCCUUUCUUUCUUUCUUUCUUUCUUUCUUUCUUUUUUUCUUUCUUUCUUUCGUCAUCUGCCAUUCAUUAUCUCUCUCUCUUUAUUUCCCUAUCUCUCCUCCUAA